AUGGAUCUCACGUCACAUAAUAUCUACACAGUGGACCUGACCCAGAGUGACACAGGCAUCGUUGCUCCAUCCUUCUCGCUCAAACAUCUCCCGAAAAGACAGCCUGUUGACAUCAAAUUCUCCGACUUGAAUUACACUGUACCUGACAACUCACGAGCCGGUUCGAAAAAAAUUCUGGAUGAUUUACACGGAGAAUUCAGGUCUGGAGAGCUGGUGGCAAUAUUGGGGCCAUCAGGCGCUGGCAAAAGUACUCUCUUAAACUCCCUAGUCGGUUUUGGAAAUGAAGGAAUGACGGGAACAAUAUUGGUGAACAAUCAGCUGAUGGAUGCCAGUUCGUUCCGCAAGCUAAGCUGCUACAUCAUGCAGAAGGGCGAGCUGCUCCCUUACCUAACAGUCGGUGAGGCCAUGAUGGUUUCAGCCAAUCUCAAACUGGGAGCUUCAGUCAACAACAGGGAGAAAAAAGUUAUUAUAGAUGAGAUUCUGACAGCUAUGGGACUAGACCACUGUACGGAGACUCGAUGCAAGAAUCUGUCGGGUGGUCAGAAAAAGCGAUUGCUUGUAGCUGUGGAGCUUGUAGACAAUCCACCUGUCAUGUUCCUGGAUGAGCCAACAAGUGGCCUGGACAGCUCGUAGUGGCAGUGCGUCGCGCUGCUGAAAUUGCUGGCACAAGGAGGCCGAACAAUA